AUGGCUCCUUUGCCUGAGUUACAAAAUGCCCAGCCAAACCCCAUUGAAGAGGCCUCAAGUCAGCAGACUGAGACCAGCAAAAGUGAGUAGGGAUUAGAUACCCUCCAGGUAGAAAUUCCGAUUUCCUGCUCCAAGACUCUGGAAGAGCCUGCAGAGGUGGAAGACCCCUGGGAACUGCCCGCCCUCAAGGACACAGGCAUCAAGUGGUCAGAGAGAGAUACCAAAGGGAAGAUCCUCUGUGUAUUUCAAGGGAUUGGAAAGUUCAUUCUCCUUCUGGGAUUUCUCUACAUGUUCGUGUGCUCCUUGGACAUUCUCAGCAGUGCCUUCCAGCUGCUUGGAGGAAAGACAGCCGGGAAGUUCUUCAGUAAUAAUUCUCUGCUGUCCAACCCCGUGGCCGGGCUGAUGAUCGGGGUGCUGGUGACCGUCAUCGUGCAGAGCUCCAGCACCACCACAUCCAUCGCUGUCAGCAUGGUGGCCUCCUCACUGUUGACCGUGCGUGCCGCCAUCCCCAUCAUCAUGGGCGCCAACAUCGGAACCUCCAUCACCAACACCCUCGUGGCGCUCUUGCAAGCUGGAGACCGGAACGAAUUCCGGAGGGCUUUUGCGGGGGCCAUCAUCCACGAUUUCUUCAACUGUCUCUCCGUACUGGUGAUCCUGCCCAUCGAGUCUGUCACCCAUUUCCUGGAGCGCCUCACCAGUUUUGUGGUCCACUCCUUCCCCUUCAGGAAUGGAGAGGAAAACCCAGAAUUUCUGAAAGUCAUUACAGCCCCCUUGACAAAUUUCAUUAUCCAGUUGGAUAAGAACGUGAUCCACAAUAUUGCAAUGAAUGAUGAAGCUGCCUACAACAAGAGUCUGGUCAAGAUCUGGUGCAAGACUCUCACCAAUGUGACUCAGAUGAAUGUCACCGUCCCCUCGCCUGAGAACUGCACAUCCACUGACCUCUGUUUCUCGGAUGGCCUCCAACACUGGACGACCACCAACGUGACCUUCAAACAGAACAUUGACAAAUGUCAUCACAUCUUUGUGGAUUUCCACCUCCCGGAUUAUGUCAUUGGCACCAUCCUGCUGAUAAUCUCCUUGAUCGUCUUAUGUACUUGCCUGGUCAUGAUUGUCAAGGUUCUCAACUCUGUGCUCAAGGGGAAGGUUGCCUUUGUCAUCAAGAAAACCAUCAACACUGAUUUCUCCUACCCCUUUACCUGGCUAGCUGGCUACCUGGCCAUCCUGGUGGGGGCAGCCAUGACCUUCAUUGUGCAGAGCAGCUCCGUGUUCACAUCUGCCCUGACCCCGCUGAUUGGCAUCGGAGUGAUAAGCAUUGAGAGGGCGUACCCACUCACUCUCGGAGCCAACAUUGGCACGACCACCACUGCCAUCCUGGCCGCCUUAGCCAGCCCAGGGAAGAGUUUCAAGAGUUCCAUCCAGAUCGCCCUGUGCCACUUCUUCUUCAACAUCUGUGGCAUCUUGAUGUGGUACCCGAUCCCGGUCACCCGCCUGCCCAUCCUCCUGGCCAAGGCUCUGGGCAACACCUGCUCCAAAUACCGUUGGUUCGCCAUCUUCUACCUGGUCGUCUUCUUCUUCCUGUUCCCACUGACCGUGUUCAGCCUGUCCCUGCUGGGCUGGCCAGUGCUGAUGGGUGUGGGUGUGCCCAUCGUCUUGCUGCUGCUCCUGGUGGUCUUGCUCCGGGUCCUUCAGGUGCGCUGCCCUCACGUGCUGCCCAUCAAGCUGCAGACCUGGGCCUUCCUGCCACUCUGCAUGCGCUCGCUGAAGCCCUGGGACAGCGUGGUCACCCAGCUCACCAGCUGCUACCAACAGUGCUGCUGCUGCUGCUCCUUGUGCCGCGUGUGCUGCCGCCUGUGCUGUCCGGGCUGCUGCCUCUGCAGCAAGUGCUGUAAGGAUGAUGCAGAGGACGCCACGGUCACCGCCGUCAUGAAGGUCAUUGACAACAAACCUAAAGUGGUAAAAACAACAUAA